AUGGCUUUUAUCGAAUAUCACAAAACCGGGCCCAUUGACUGCCCAGCAGAGUUGAACUACGCCAAGGUGACAGGACGAACGGUGAUAGUCACUGGAGGUAGCAAUGGACUCGGUGAAGCCUACGUAACCGCGUUGGCAGAUAGUGGAGCCUUCGUUGUUAAUGGUGACUUAAACCCACCAGCGAAGCCAUAUAAAACGUCAAACAUCCUUUUCGUCAAGUGCGAUGUUUCUUCCUGGGAAGAUCAGGCAGCGUUAUUCGCGAUGGCGAAGGCGAAAUCGCCUAAUGGGGGUAUCGACAUCGUGAUCGCAAAUGCGGGUGUCUUCAGGGAGGACCGUUUCUUCGAGGUGAAAAUAAAUCUCAAAAUGCUCGAAGUCCACGUUCACGGGGCGUACUUCACGGCCAAGCUGGCAGCACACUACUUUUCUCGUCAACCAAAAGCCAACGACCGAUGCCUAAUCCUGGUUGGUAGUGUAAUGAGUUAUCUCGACACUUAUGGCGCGGUCGGCUAUGGUCUUGCGAAACAUGCUAUUCGAGGCAUGUUCGGUGUGCUUCGAAGACGAGGAAUUAUGAGAGUGAACAUGCUUGCACCUUGGUAUACACGCACCACGGUCCUCUCUCCUGAAGUCAACAAGACAUUAGAUGGCUUAUUUGCCUCUCAAGGUCUUUCGUUCGCUCUAGUGGAGGACGCUGUCAGGGCGAUGAUGAGAAUUGCAACCGAUCCUAGCCUCAAUGGUCAUGCCCUCAGCAACGUCCCCCGAGUAGUGGCUUCUUCUGGUUACGUGGACGUCAACUCAGACGACUUUGUGGACGGCAGUCUUUUGGACAGAUUCCAGAAGAGUGUCGCGGAGAUCAAAUAUCCAAAUUUGAUAGCUCCGGUGAGCAAGCUCUAA